GUGAAAGUGGCAGAUAGAAGCACAAUAUCCCAUCAGAGGAACUGACAGCAAUAACUGAUACAUGCAUCACCAUGUUAAGGCUACUGUGUUUCUUCUGUUCAUUCCCGAUUUUCUUGACUUUGAAAUCAGGUUCUCAUUCUUUUUGGAUGUUCAGUAUAUUUUUAAAGGGCGAGACUCCAUUUCCAGAAGUCCAAACUAUAUUUUUGCUGGAUGACAUUCAGAUUGGAUACUACGACUCAAAUGACAACAAGGUUGUACACAGAGGUGUUAAUGGUCCACAGAGAACACUUGACCUGGAAUAUGUUCCUCAAUUCAAUUCUGGACAGAUGAGAAAUACAGCGUCCUAUCUGAUAGAGAUUCUGAAUCACACAAACAGUGUUCAUGUUCUACAGAGAGCUACGGGAUGUCAGUUACAUAAAAAUGAUGACAUAGGAGCUUUCAUCAGCAAAGAUGCAUUCAAUGGGGAGGCUGGAGAUGUCCUGUAUUACAACCGACAGCUAGACACCGUUCAUUCAGACACUGUGUGGCCAGGUACAGUGGUCAGUGUAUGUACACCAUUAAUGCAUCGGUAUUACUAUUCCCUCUGCAUUGCAAUCCUGAAGACAAGCCUGGAUGAAGAGAAGAAUCGCGUUCUUAAAAAGAUGAAGCCCAGAGUCAGGCUCCUCCAGAAGACACUCCCAGACUCUAGUGGGGCCAAGGUGACCUGUCUGGCCACUGGUUUCUACCCACGUCACUUCAACCUGACCCUGCUGAGAGACGGCCAGUCUGUGUCUGACCACCAGAUCACUGGGGGGGAGCUGCUACCUAAUGGAGAUGAGACGUACCAGAUGAGGAAGAGCCUGGAGGUCAGCGCAGAGGAACUACAGCAUCACCACUACACCUGCACAGCUGAACACCUCAGCCUGGACAACAAGCUGGACGUCAGUUUAGAUCAUGAGUGGGAUUCAGUCACCACAUCCAUAGUGCCCUCUGUGCUUACUGCUGCUGGGUUACUGUGUCUUGCUGGAGUCUUUAUCUUUAUCAUGUGGAGGAGGACCCAAACAGGUCAAGGCUCAGAGACAUCUCUGCAAGUUAUCACAGAAGCUUCAAAGUCAUACUCCAGUGUGUUAACCACAGGUGCAAAUUCUUGAAGACUUAUGAAGACCUGCAGCCAGUCACUCAGAGGAGACACAUUUCUGUAGGGGUAUAGGGCUGUCCCACUGUCAAAUUGUAAUGUGUUAUAGGGCUCUCACAGACUUUCUGAGAUAUUUAGAGUUAUGAUGGGACACUAAAGACAUAGAGGGUGAAAACACAGGGCCACGAGGAGAAGCCCUUUAGCAUUAAGCAAAUGACAAACAGCCGUCAUAAAACAACAACGGAAAUAGUUGACAUUGUAUGAAUGAAGUUGACCUGUUCCUAAUUCUACCAUAAGCCAUUACGACUCUUACAUCUAAUGGCAGUGAGUGUUAGAAGAGGAGUCAGUGAGGGGAGUGAUUUCACUUGAAGUAGAUUAGCUUACACAGUUUAGCCUAUAGCUACAAGCCAGUUCCAGUGAAUGAUGCUACAGUAUGCUAUGCUAACGGUGUAACCCACUUCCAGGGAAUUGUGCUAUGCUAGGCUAACGGUGUAACCCACUUCCAGGGAAUUGUGCUAUGCUAGGCUAAUGGUGUAACCCACUUCCAGUGAAUUGUGCUAUGCUAGGCUAAUGGUGUAACCCACAUCCAGUGAAUUAUGCUAUGCUAGGCUAAUGGUGUCAGACUGGUCAUUGCACACAGAGAGAUGAGAAGGGUCCGUAUCCUCUUAUCUAACUCUAGGGGAUGAAAUAAGCUAUUUAAAAAAAAAAAAUAAAAAAAACUUCCAGUGUUCCUUUACAUGUAAGCAUAGAUCAUGCUCACUUUACUGUAGAUUAGGCUGUAAAUAAACCUAUUGAACUCACAUUAAUGUGUACAGUAGUAUCAGUUAUUAUCAUCAUUCUAAAACAUUACAGUGUAUGAAGUGCAUUGUUAUCCAAAGUCUUAUUA